AUGCGCCCUUCCACCGCGGAACGACGUGGGGGUCGACAUAGCCUGGACGAAGAGCCGCAUAGCUCGGGUCUGAACUCCCCGCCCGUCUCGCCACGGGACCAUGGUUGGAGGAAGUGGAGGAUGAACAAGUUCGUUGUGCGCCUUGUCAUUGCUUUGACUGCGCUGUCUCUGAUCGGCUUGCUGUUUCGAGGGCCAGGUCUGGGAGGCGCAGCGUCUGCGACCAAGCAUCGCUUGAAGGGCACACAGCUCUUGUUUCAGAAGCAGAGCUCGCAGGACGACGUGCACAUUCCGGGUGAAACAAGGGCGCAGGCCGCCGAGGCCGCCGAAGACGCUGUGAAGGUUGAUAAUGAUAAUGAUGCAAGCAAGAUCUCCCAAGAGCACUCCGUGGCCUCCUCCCCUGCACAGGCAGAUGCAGUAGAUGAGGACACCGUGCAUGUUGAGGACACUGUGCCAGAGAGGCCGCAGGACCGAUCUGCGCACUUGGGUGGCGCCAAGCUGGAUGACGACGUUGUGCAUGUCGCCAAUGACGAGCCGGAGAGCUCCGAGGAGCACGCUGCGCCCUCCAGCAGCACUUCGCAUGCAGAGCUGGAUGAGGACACUGUGCAGAUUGAGGACACUGCGCCAGAGAGGCCGCAGCAGCAAUCCGCGCGCUCUGGUGGCACAAAGCUAGAUGAGGACACCGUGCAGGUCGCAAACGACGAGCCGGAGAGCUCCGAAGAGCACGCCGCGCCCUCCAGCAGCACAAAGAACGCAGAGCCGCAAGAGGAGCCCUCCAGACAUUCCAGCAGCACAGAGCUGGAUGAGGACACCGUGCAGAUUGCAAAGGAGCCUGUCAGCAGCUCUAUAGAAAUCGGGAUUGCCAAGGCCGAUGCAAAGGUUGGUGAUGCCAGUGAAUCUUUCCAGGAGCCCGCCAAAGCUGUCGUGUCGCAGGAAAGCCCGGCAAAACCACCAAGCCAGGAUGAGCAGACCCCCGAUGCUGUAGAGGGCUUCAGCAAGGUGGAGGAGUUGCCAACCCGUCCGCCUGCGGGUGCACAGCUGGCGCCCAUCCCUACCGGACAGCCUGCGCUUCUGGAGGCGGAGGAACCGAGCAGCCACGUGGAAUCUGCCUUGGCUGGACAUGUGAGCACUGAGCCCGUGAGCAAGCUAGCAGCAGAGUCCGAAAACCCCGCUAAAGCGACGGGCGAGGUGAUUUCAGAACAUGCGGAAAGCCCGGCAAAGCCAGAGGCAACAGAGGUGGCUUCACCGUCACCGCCACAGGUUGCAGGCGAGACCUCGUCGCCGUUGCCUGUGGCUUCCCUAGACACAGGGCAGGUGCAUUCCGAAGGUGCUGUGAGGGCGCCAGAGGCAGAGCCACCGGCGGCAGUUACAGCCGGGCAGGAGGCAGUCGAGACCAGGGCCGAGAUCAAGGCCGAAUUGCCCGCAGGUGAGACCGUUGUGCAUGUGCAGACAGAGGCCCCGGCCGCUGAGAUCCCUUCGUCAACCGCCACGCCCGUGCUUGUGGAGGGAGGAUCUGCCGCAGUAAUGGUUUCCAAUGAAGUGAGCAGUGAGCCUGCCAAGCCUGAGACCGGUGAGGUCAAGGUUGCCAACAAUGUUCCAGAGACGGGUGCAGAUGUCCGUGUGGAGUCAGAGGAUGUGCAGCUGACAGAUGCUGCUUCCAAGGCCGAAACGCCUGCAGGUGAGACCGUUGUUCAUGUGCAGACAGAGGCACCGGCCCCUGUGACCCCUUCGUCAACCGAAGCGCCCGUGACUGUGGAGGGAUCUGCCACCAUAAUGGUUGCCAAUGAAGUCAGCAGUGAGCCUGCCAAGCCCGGGACCAGUGAGGUCAAGGUUGCCAACAAUCUCCCAGAGCCGGCUGCGGAUGUGCGUGUGGAGUCAGAGGACGUGCAGCUGACAGAUGCCGCUUCAGAAUCAGGGACUUCGCCUCCAGCAGAUGGCACAAUGCUGCAGAAAGCAAGGAGUGCUGUGGCACAAGCAGAAGCAGGACUGACAGAAGCUGAAAAGGAGCUGGCGCAGACAGGGGGUCAAAUGCUCGAGCAGGUGCAGAAAGCUGCCGCUGCCGGCAAGGAGGUGUUCCAAGAAGUGGAGGAGGAAAGUUCUGCCAUAGCUCACGCUGUUGAGAAAGCAGUCGUCAACACUGGCAAUAUGCUGUCGGGUGAGGCCGAUCAAGCACCGCCUCCUGUCUCAUGA